CGGCGUGGCACUGAUCCACGACCAAUCAAGCUCCCCUACGCUCCCCGGUGAAAAUCUUGUUCCAUCUCCUCCUCCCCUCUCCACCUAGCCGAAACGCGCUUCUUAAGCAUGAUUUCUUCGCUAUAUAAGGAGCGCCCCUUCGCUUCAGUCUAUCGCCACCUCACCCCAACUCCCCAUUUGCCUCUUCCAAUUCACACACCAAGAAAAUUAUUCCUCGAGCAACAACACAUUCUUGCCUCCAAUUUCGCGACACUAUUUUGAUCGGUUUCUUGGUUCUCCUGUGUUACCACUCGUUGCAAAUUAGUUGGAGAGGAAUUUCUUGUUGAGAGAGAGAGAGAUGGAGAGCGUGGAUGGCAAUGGAGGCAGCCAGCUGGUGGUGACGGAGCUCAGCCACAUCAAGGAGCUGGUGAGGCAGCUGGAGGUGCACCUGGGCGGCUGCCCGGGCCUCUGCAAGCACCUGGCCUCGCAAAUCUCCUCCCUCACCGAGCGGUCCAUCGUCAUGAUCACAUCCUCCAACCUCGACGGCGGUCGGAAGCGGUCCGCGGCCGACGCUGGCCUCCCCUCGCCGCUCUCGACGACGCCAACUCUGAGCCCCCUCAUCUCCGCUUUCAAGAACACCAAGAAGAGGAAGACGAUGGAAAAGAAGAGGCAUCAGGUGAGGUUGAGCUCGGCCGGGGGCGGCGACAGCGCGGUCGACGACGGCCACACCUGGAGGAAGUACGGCCAGAAGGAGAUUCUUGGAGCCAAGCACCCGAGGAGCUACUACCGGUGCACGCACCGCCACUCUCAGGGAUGCGCGGCGACGAAGCAGGUGCAGCGCACCGACGAGGAUCCGACGCUUUUCGACGUGAUCUACCACGGCGCCCACACCUGCGUUCAGAGAACGGCGGGAGCAGACCAGGCCACAGCGGCAACGCAGCCGCCGGAGCAACCACCGGAGACGCACAGCAUCCUGCAUAGCCUGAGCUCGACCCAGACGGUGAAGACCGAGGGUCUGGACGUGGCGGCGGAGCACCAGGUCUGGAGCGCCACCACGCCCUUCUGCUUCUCCUCGACGCCGGUGAGCGGUUGCCUGGCGCCUGAGCGCAGCCUGUUCCCUGGGCCGGAGACGCCGGAGAACUGGGGCGUGUCCCCGGCGACCUCGGACUCGAACCACGGUGUCUCGCUCGCGCCGUUCGGGGCGGCGGCCGGGGACGCGGACUGGCGGGCACAGUCCGAGCUCCAAGAAGUGGUCUCCGCCGAGGGCAUGGACUUCACGGACGAGUUCUUCAACCUUGAUCCAAGCAUUUUAAGCUACUUUGCCAGUCCUUACGUACCUGAUGAAGAUAGGGAAUCCAAGCAGCUGAUAUGAUGUGACCACCCCUCUCCUCUGGCGUUUGUCCAGGUGCAGAGGAGGGAACAGCACAAGUUAUCCUUCUAGGAGAUGAGCACAGUGGACGCCCUUAUCUCUAUUUUUUUAUGUUGAAGGUUGUAAAUUAGACGGCGUUGUGUUCGAGAUGUAAACUAGACAAACAUGAAUGUUAAUAGGUGUAAUUUAGACAUUUUUCAAUAUAUUGACAGAGCAAACUUCGGUGGUA